AACAUCCUAUGCAUACGCAUGCAUGCAGCAUGCUGAAUUCGUGCCUUGGGAGAAAUGAAGAUACCGGUACUACAGGUAUGCAUGGAACGUGCUGAAUCCAUUCUUUCGAUCUUCAAAUCUGGCUUCUGGGCAAACCUAGACCCAUCCACGUUGUUCUAACAUGAAGAAAGUCUGGCGACCCUAAUUAAAACACAAGUCAAGAUGUGACCUCGCUGUUUUGUCUCUCGCAUUGAGUUUCUUCAAGUUGGCAAUGCGGACAUCCAAUGGCGCUGCCGGCUCCAACUAUGCUGAAGAAGCUUCAUAUUGCACAGACACCUGCAGUGUUGUCGUCUUCGGAGAAACAGGAGCUGGAAAAAGUUCAUUAGUCAAUUUGAUCACUAAGAGCAACAGAGCGCCGACAUCUCGCGAUACCAUGGGAUGUACAGCUGAAACCACAGUGUACGAGCACGAGGUCUUGGUUAAGAACCAAACCUUGAGGGUAAAGCUUUUCGAUACACCUGGUUUGAAUGAGGGCUCCGAAGGCAGAGUACCCGAUGACGAAGCUCGAAAAGUUUUGAAGCAUCUCCUUCGAAAACUCAAGGAGCAGGAUGACAUCCAUCUCCUCAUUUACUGUGUGCAUUACACGAAAGCGGUCAAGGCGCUUUGCCGCAAUUACAAGUUUUGCUCCUCCGAAGUGACGACAAGAUGCCCCAUCGUCCUUGUCAUUACAGGAUUGGAGAACAAACAACCAGAGAUGGAAGAAUGGUGGAGAAACCACGAGCAAUCCAUCUCACAGCUCAGCAUGCCCUUUGCUGGUCACGCGUGUGUUACCGCACUAGCCAUGGACGAAUGUACGACAGACAGGCUCAAGUUGCGCCAUGACCAAUCAUACUAUGCCAUCUGCAAUCUUAUCGAGGAGUGUCGUGCAAGUAGGAACAAGGCCAAAAAUAUCGUAAUCUUUGGGGAGACGGGGGCAGGUAAAAGCUCGCUAGUCAACCUCAUGGCGGGGAAGGAGGUGGCAGUCACAUCUCCUGACACGCAACGCUGUACCAUGCACUGGCAAGAGUACACCAUCGACUUUCAUGGCGAGCCUUAUAAGGUGUUCGAUACCGUUGGACUCGAGGAAACGCAGCUGGGGAUCAGAGAGUACCUCGAGUCAGUCGACAACGCCUAUAAACUAAUCAAGAAAUUGGACGCAGAAGGCGGUGUUGAUCUGCUUUUGUUCUGCAUUCGUGCUGGCAGACUCACUGCUACAAUUCAGAGCAAUUACCGGCUAUUUCACGAAUUCCUCUGCGAAAAGAAGGUUCCUAUUGUUCUUAUAAUCACGCACCUUGAAAGAGAGGCGAGGAUGGAGGACUGGUGGGAGAGACAGCAGAAUACCUUCGAAAAAAUAUAUGGGAUCCGGGUCGCUGAUCACGCAUGUAUCACUGCCGCUAACAGACUGGAUGGCAAACACAAAGAGCAUUAUGAAGAAUCACGCGUCACGGUCCGCACCCUUGUGGAGAAGUUUACUGCUGAUGAACAGAAGUCAUUAUGGACAGGAGGGAACAGACGGUUCGUGUCAUUCAUGCGUAAGCUGAAAGGAUUUCUCCCAGAGCCUUUGGAUGUGAAGAAGAAGGAUAUCGUCUCUCGUCUCAUACAGCGUUGCAGUUUGUCUCCAGACGUCGCAAAACAGUUGGCUGAGAUGAUUAAGCAAGUCCAGUAGAAGUAGUUGUUCUCGUUUCGAUACAGAUUUUAUGCUCGUUGAUAAACGUACACUAGGACUUCCCAUUUGCUCGCGAGUCUAUUUAUAUUUCAGCAUGACAGUUUGAAAGUAUGCUCCAUGUAC